UGACAAGGAGACUGAAGAUGGAGGUUUCGAUUUACCAGCUAAAAGCUGAAGCUAUUGAUGUGGCUAUGGCUAUGGCUAUGGUUAUGGUGGUGAGGUAAUAGCGAGUCUGAGCAUCUGAGAAGCAGAGAGAGAUAGAUAGAGACGGAGGAAGAGGAAGAGGAAGAGGAAGAGAGGUUUCGCCUGGAAGUUUGACCGGAGGAUUUUCCGGCCGGCUGGGAAGUUAGGGUUCCGGCGACGUAGUCUGUGGAGUUGGCAAGUUUAUCGUUGAUGGUUGUUUUGUAGAGAGAUAGGGAGAAAGAGAGAGAGUAAGAGAGAGAACGAUGAGUCGAAAUGGUUUUAGUAGUUUGGAGUCUGAGUUUGUUCGGAGGCACCACAACCAUGAGGUCGCCGAGAAUCAAUGCAGUUCUGCUCUGGUGAAGCACAUCAAGGCUUCUGUUCCUCUCGUUUGGUCAUUGGUGAGAAGGUUUGAUCAACCCCAGAAGUACAAGCCCUUUAUCAGCAGAUGUGUCGUGCAGGGCAACCUUGAGAUUGGGAGUCUCAGAGAAAUUGAUGUCAAGUCUGGGCUUCCUGCAACAACCAGCACUGAGAGGUUGGAACUUCUUGAUGACGAGGAGCACAAGAUCAGUAUUAGGAUCAUUGGUGGGGAUCACAGGCUACGGAACUACUCUUCAAUCAUUUCCCUCCACCCAGAGACCAUAGAAGGCAGGCCGGGGACCUUGGUAAUCGAGUCUUUUGUGGUGGAUGUGCCUGAUGGGAACACAAGGGAUGAGACCUGCUAUUUUGUUGAGGCCUUGAUCAAGUGCAAUCUCAAGUCACUUGCUGAUGUUUCAGAGCGGCUUGCAGUUCAGGACCGAACUGAGCCUAUUGACCGGAUGUGAACAUUGACUGGGUAGUCUCGGGCUAUGACCGCCAUGAAUGAAGCUUCUGAGGCUUUCGUAUCGAUCCCGGAGGCUUUGGAGACAGACUGGCAUUGGCUCUUCUUCUACCCUCUAGAUAAGCUCAAAACUCUCUUCACUUUUGUUUGCAGUGUGUCUGUCUUCCUUCUUAAAUUAUGCUGGAAUUCCUGUCUUAAGUUUCUCAAGAACCACAGCUCUGUAUUCAAAUCACGACCACGAAUUGAAGGUUUUAAAAGGAAAAGGAAAUAAGAAAAAAAAAAAAAAAAAGAAGGGGAAAAAACAAAGAAGAAAAACCGGCCUCCUCUUUCAUUCCCUUUGAUGUUACACAGUUUUGUCUGCGUUUUGUGUGAAGAAGAGUGGUUGUCUGUAUAUUUUGUAUUUUCAUGUAGUCAUUGUAGCGUUUAGUCCAGUGAUUAUUGAAGGCACGGAGUCAGCCAUCCUGUCUGGCGGGCUUUGCAGUAUGUGUUAAGAGACUAAAGAGGCCUUGUAUUUUGUUUUCUCAUCAGUGCUCUAAUUGUCUUCUUCCUUUUAUUUA